AUGGACGAAGAGUACAACAUGGCUGACGAUAUCAAGCUACUCCUUUUCGUAGAGACUACCCUUAUCAAAAUGGAUGAGGUCCAUAAGGGCAUGCCUCUUAGGGACGAAGUAGCUACUGACCUUUCAGCUGUCCGAGCUAAAGUGCAAGAGGUCAAGGACCAGCUCUCCUCAAUGCAAGUGGUUGUGCAAGCCAACGAUGAGGCCAUCAACACUUUAACAAGCAAGGCCGAUGAAGCGAACUCUCAUCUUGCCAAGCACACGGAGCUGAUGCAGCAGAUAUUGGCUACUCUUCAACAGCCAAUCCUAGCACCUGAAACUUCGUUCAAUGCUGAAGAUCCUCGUGACGAUGACCUUCCAAUCACCUCUGCAGCUAAUGCUGGUGAUAUGGAAGAUGAUGAUGAAGAUGAAGAUGGUGACUCUCCCGACCUUCCUGACGCUUGUGAAGAUCUGGGUAAUGACGAUGAUGAACACGACAAUGACGACAACUGUACCAUCCAGUAA